UUUACUCCUUUAGUUUCUUUUCUUAUUCUGUUUAGAUGUUGUAAGCAACUAUGUACUAGAGAAAGAAUCUGAGCCCAGAUUUGAGUGCACUAACCCAAACACACUCGUCUUCAGACUCAUCUGAUACACGUGAUCCCAAAAAGUUACAAGCAGAGUGUCAUACACGCUGGACGAUUUUGUAUACAUUUGUAUCUGUAUCUACUCAUACAAAUCGAUGUAUGUGGCAUUGCUCUUACCUAAAACCAAGACCCACCCAUUUUACGAGUGUAUCGUUAAAAUGCAUACACCUUGAUAUGAUACAUAGUGGAGGUUUUGGUAGGAAACAAAUCACAACACCCACAGAGUAAAGGUAAUGCUUACUUCUUGGCAGCUUACGAGCACCUCGACUAAUCUAGAAGCCCUGACCCCGCUGCCCACUGGUGGAGAGCUCAAUUAAGGUUGGAGCGAAGCUCCGCAUGAAUUGGCCCUAAAAAAAUUGAUAACAUUUGGAGGUUUCGAACCCGAGACCUUACGAGGAAGCAAACCGAAUCCCCCGGCACAACUUAGUGUCUAGAUUUUGCAUGGACACUAUAAAUAGUCAGUAUUUGAGAAGUUGGAAGAUAAUGUUUACAAUUGCAUGCUAGCUAUGUGAUCUCCACUUCAACAAAAUCUUUUUUCCAAUCCCUCCCACCCAUUGCACUAAGACCCCAUUCCUUUUGCUCUGAAAUUCCACAUUCCCUCUUUUUUUCUUUACUCAUUUGUCCUCACCAUAGCCAUCAGAGUGAUGCAGUCGCUGCAAUUAUUAACUCAGAGAAUACCACUUUGCCUUUCUUUAGACAGAAAGAAUGUACAUGCUUUUUGAAAAGGAGUCUCAACUUCAACUUUAGUUGUUACCCAUAUAUGUGGGCAGGAAAAGCACACAUUGCUGAUCAAUUUUUAAUUGAGAGAGACAGUGGGAGAUAGAUAGGUUCUGUUUGUUCUCUCAAGAUUUGAAAAAUGCAAUCGGUUCGGGUCGAGUUGAUUCUGUUCUUUCUCCUGUUUCUUCUUCAUCUCGUCUACUCGUAUCAAGAACAAGAAAAUGAGGACAACAGCCACAGCACCAACAACCACACCAUUCACAAGUUGAGUCAUGGUAAACUGGCAUUUGAAAUCAAAGUGCAUGGAUUCCUGCUAUGGGCUUCAAUGGGGUUCUUGGUGCCUCUUGGAAUACUUGCAAUCAGAAUGUCACACAAAGAGCAAUGUGGAAGAAGGCUCAAAAUCAUUUUCUACAUCCAUGCAUGUUUACAGACACUUUCGGUACUUUUGGCAACAGCAGGGGCAAUAAUGUCCGUAAUUUACUUUGACAACACUUUCAACAACACACACCGGAGGAUGGGUUUAGCCCUUUAUGGUGCUAUAUGGUUGCAAGCCUGUAUUGGGUGUCUACGGCCACACCGGGGAAGCAGAGUAAGAAGUGUGUGGUUUUUUGUCCACUGGGCACUGGGGACAUCAGUUUCUGCCUUUGGAAUCAUCAAUGUGUACACAGGUUUACAAGCCUACAAAGAAAGGACAUCAAGAAGUGUAAGGGUGUGGACUAUAAUGUUCACAGCAGAGAUCACUCUGAUUGCCUUCUUGUACCUGUUCCAAGACAAAUGGCACUACAUACAGAAACAAGGAGUGAUUCUGGGCAACGAACCGGUCUCACCAACCGAUCAAGAAAUUGCACCAAGAGAUAGGCCAAAGGAAAUUCGAUGACUGAUCCUUGUUGAAAAUCGAGUAAAUUAGUUCAACUGAUUUUGGAUUCUUUGAAAUCUUUUCACAAUCAGUUUUCGCGUUUGAUCCGAGGGAUGGGUGCUUAAGGUUGUGUUCGGAUCGCAGAUUUGUAGUGACAUUUUUAUGGAGGCAAGAGAAAAAGUAAUAGGAAAGAUGAGAAAAGGAUGAACAAGUUCCGGGCCAAAAAUAAAAAUAAAAAUAAAAAUCUACGAUCCAAACACAACCAUUAAGGUAUGGGACACUGAUGGCCGUUCAUAAGAUCCAUCGGAGUUCCAAGUAUGUGUCUAUAGGAAAAUAAUGAUGAGAUUGUAAAGCUUGUUUAGACAUCAUUUGUAUGUAUCGAAUAUGUACAGAAACCAUAGCUAGGUUGCGUUGCAUGUAUCGAAUGAUAUAUUUCAGUUACGGGCAGUGCUCAAGAGCA